AUGGAUCAAAAUUUAUGGCUUCUCGUUGAGUGGAUGGAUAAUUUUGAGCAAAAUAUAUUUUCUAAUUAUGCUAUAGUGCAUACGGAUUCCUUGAUGAGGCACGAUCCUGAUAUUCAUACCGGAAAAGUAGUUGUUCUUCGAGAUAAACACAAUAAUCCUCGUAAGGCGCAAGUUCUUAGAUUUUCAGAUAAAAAACGGUUUGUGAAAGAGUUAAAAGUUAUGCUGGAGAGGCAAGACAAUCAAGUAAAAAAUGUGUUGUCCUUAUGUAUGAAUGCUAUCAAGGAGAUGAAGACGGGGCCGAUGUUUUUUGGUGGAAAUCAGACAGUAGCUUAUCCGAGUGGUUCAAGUAUAUUACACCACGCUCGUGAUGAUUCUGACUCUAGUGAUAGUAAUUCUAAACCAGAGAUUAGUCACGACUUAAAUCUUACCAAAACCUCUAUCAGAUGCGACAAUCAAUUACGACGAAAUGAACUGAGGAUGGAUGAGCGUAUGAGUAGAAUGCUAAAAGAAAAUUCUUUAUUUUCCAACUGUAGACCUCCACUUAGCAGCACGCCGUUACCAGAUAGAAUGUUUGGGAAAAGUAAAUCAGGUUUCGAUAAAGCUACUCAAACUGAACUAGCUCCACCAAACCACUUCGAAAAAAUUGAACAAAUUAAUGUAGUUCUUCAAAAGUUAUAUAGUCAAUUUAUGGCUUUAUUAUGUAAAAAAGAAGAAACACAAAAUCAUUUGCUUGUUGAGAGAGCGUCUUAUGGCCGUGAAUUAUUAGAUGUUGUUGAACCACAAAUACAAAAUGUAGACGACCAAAAAGGAGCAAGUGGUGUAAAAAUAAGAAGAGUGUCAGCGCAGACUACUAAUAAUGUAAUGCCGGCUGAUAACAGUGAUUUGGUCUCAAUUGGAAAUGGCAAUGUUACGAUCCCAGCCAGAGUAUUAGAAGAAAUCGAUUGGUCUUCGCACUCUGUAGCAACUAGACAAUUGUUACAAGCUGUAUUUCCAAGAAGAGUUCUAGCCACCCAUUCUUUAACCGGCAAACAAUCACCAGCCUUUGUGAACAAGCCACCAAAGAAACAACUUGACCCGAGAGUAGUGGAAGAUAUCGUGAAUACGGUUUCUGAAAGGUGUGGCGUUCCGCAAAGAAUUGUAAGAAGCUCCAUAACAACUAAAUGUACUGACGAAGCCAAAUUGUAUCGUAACCGUCAACGUUACAAGAAAAUGCGGGAAGAACAAAAUCAAGAAAAUAUUGCUCCAAUAUCUUCGGGCUCUUCCGAAUCUACUAAUAUUGGGGAAGAAAAU